UGUGCUUUAGCUUCUCCCGUUCCUUCUAAAUACUGAGUUUUAAUCCGUGGUCAUCGAAGCUUAUUUGCAAAAAUGGUGGUUAAUCCGGCUGCAGGCAACAACCGAAAGGGGCAAAGUGGUGCCUUCAAGGAUAAGAGCAAGCCUAAGGACAUCAGGUCGAGCAAUAUUACGGCUGCCAAAGCUGUUGCCGAUGCCAUCAGGACUAGCCUUGGCCCGAGGGGGAUGGAUAAAAUGAUCCAGUCCGCCAACGGAGAUGUUACGAUCACUAACGAUGGAGCCACAAUUUUAAAGCAAAUGAACGUCAUGCACCCAGCAGCUAAAAUGUUGGUAGAGCUGUCCAGGUCGCAGGACAUUGAGGCUGGUGAUGGCACCACCUCUGUGGUGGUCAUUGCUGGAUCACUGUUGGAGGCUGCCGAGAAGCUGCUGGCCAGAGGCAUCCACCCGUCGGCCAUUUCAGACGCCUUCCAGAUAGCUGCCAAUAAGUCUGUUGAGAUUUUAACAAAAAUGUCGAGGAGAAUCGAGUUGAACGACCGCGAGAGCCUUGUGCAGAGUGCCUCCACCUCACUUAACUCAAAGGUUGUGUCGCAACACUCAUCUCAGCUGGCGCCCCUCGCUGUUGACGCCAUUCUUAAGGUCACAGACCCUGCAAAGGAUGACAACGUUGAUCUUAAGGAUAUUAAAGUGAUCUGCCAACUUGGUGGCACAGUAGACGACACUGAAUUAGUGGAUGGCCUUGUAUUUACUCAAAGGCCAGCAGGAGCCAAUCCUCCUAGAAAGGUUGAAAAAGCCAAAAUUGGUCUCAUCCAGUUCUGCAUUUCUCCCCCAAAAACUGACAUGGACCACAACGUGGUCGUGUCCGACUAUGCAGCAAUGGACCGUGUUUUGAAGGAGGAAAGAGCAUACAUCCUCAACAUUGUGAAGCAGAUCAAAAAGGCUGGUUGCAACGUUCUUCUCAUCCAGAAGUCAAUCCUGCGAGACGCCGUCAGCGACCUUGCGUUGCACUUCCUCGAUAAGAUUAAGGUCAUGGUGAUCAAGGAUGUGGAGCGGGAAGACAUCGAUUUUGUUUCCAAGACUCUGAAUUGCCGGCCAAUUGCCAGCCUGGACCAUUUCACGGCUGAAAACCUGGCUAGCGCCGAUUUGGUCGAAGAGGUUUCUACCGGCGGCACCAACAAGGUGGUCAAAAUCACUGGCAUCCAGAACCAGGGCAAAACCGUCACCGUUUUGGUCCAGGGCAGCAACAAGCUAGUGCUUGCUGAGGCUGAACGAUCCCUCCAUGAUGCCCUGUGCGUCAUUCGCUGCCUCGUCAGAAACAGGGCUCUAAUUGCUGGCGGUGGUGCACCUGAAACUGAGGUGUCACUGAGAUUGGCUCAGUAUGCACAAACCCUCACCGGGGUUGAUUCCUACUGCUUGAGAGCUUAUGCCGACGCACUUGAAGUCAUUCCGUUGACCCUGGCGGAGAACGCUGGCCUGAACUCCAUUGCCACUGUGACUGAGCUGAGGAACAGGCAUGCGCAAGGCGAGCAAACUGCAGGAAUCAACGUUCGCAAGGGCGCAGUGACAAACAUCCUGGAAGAGGAGGUGGUGCAGCCACUGCUGGUGUCAACCAGCGCUAUCACCCUGGCAACUGAGACUGUGCGCAGUAUUCUCAAGAUUGACGACAUCGUCAACACAAUGCAGUGAAUUUGAAAUCUCUCCCAACACGCUAAUUUAUGUAACGAACAUUAAUAAUUUGAAAUGUGCUUUAAACCACCUGCAAGUAAUACUGGCUAAUUAAUUUUGUCUUGCACAAUUUUUUGUUGAUUCUGUAAUCACAUUAAAAAUGAUACUAAAACAUA